CCGCGGGAAGCAGCGGAGGAGCAGGCGCGCUCCGGACCCGAAGGAGGGCACCGUUAAAGCUUUGCCAUCAAUUGUGAGCCCAGUGAGUCCGUCCUAAGCUAACACACUAACUCUACAGCCCUCACGCCCCCAAACCACCGAAGGCGGCGACACCUGAUCCAGCGCACAAACACGGGUCCCUUCUGUCCCCGGAUACAAUUACGCGGCAGAGACACAUUCAAACUCACGCGCAGCAGCCAAGAGCCGAGCUAUGAAGUCUUACACUCCGUAUUUCAUGCUCCUGUGGAGUGCUGUUGGGAUGGCGAAGGCUGCCAAAAUCAUCAUUGUGCCGCCAAUUAUGUUUGAAAGCCAUAUGUACAUUUUCAAGACACUAGCCUCAGCCUUGCACGAGAGAGGCCACCACACAGUGUUUCUUCUCUCCGAAGGCAGAGACAUCGCGCCAUCUAAUCAUUACAGCCUCCAGCGCUACCCAGGGAUUUUUAACAGUACCACCUCGGAUGCUUUCCUGCAGUCCAAAAUGCGGAAUAUUUUCUCUGGGAGAUUGACAGCAAUCGAACUGUUUGACAUACUGGAUCACUAUACCAAGAACUGUGAUAUGAUGGUUGGCAACCGUGCCCUGAUUCAGGGUUUGAAGAAAGAAAAGUUUGACCUGCUGCUGGUGGACCCUAACGACAUGUGUGGAUUUGUGAUAGCCCAUCUGUUAGGGGUUAAAUAUGCUGUAUUUUCAACUGGCCUUUGGUAUCCUGCAGAAGUGGGUGCUCCUGCCCCAUUAGCUUACGUCCCAGAGUUUAACUCACUCCUCACAGACCACAUGAACUUGCUGCAAAGGAUGAAAAAUACCGGCGUUUACCUCAUUUCCAGAUUAGGGGUCAGCUUUCUGGUUCUUCCCAAAUAUGAAAGGAUAAUGCAGAAGUACAACCUGCUGCCAGAGAAGUCAAUGUACGACUUGGUCCAUGGGUCCAGUCUGUGGAUGCUGUGUACAGAUGUGGCACUGGAGUUUCCGAGACCCACUCUGCCUAAUGUUGUGUACGUAGGAGGAAUCCUCACCAAACCGGCCAGCCCACUACCAGAAGAUCUCCAAAGGUGGGUGAAUGGUGCUAAUGAACAUGGCUUUGUCCUGGUAUCUUUCGGAGCUGGUGUCAAGUAUCUGUCAGAAGACAUUGCUAACAAACUGGCUGGAGCUCUGGGGAGAUUGCCCCAAAAAGUGAUUUGGAGGUUUUCUGGAACCAAACCAAAGAAUCUAGGAAACAACACGAAGCUUAUAGAAUGGUUACCACAAAAUGACCUGCUUGGGCAUUCAAAUAUUAAAGCCUUCCUGAGCCAUGGUGGUUUGAAUAGUAUUUUUGAAACUAUGUAUCACGGUGUACCUGUAGUGGGAAUCCCACUCUUUGGAGACCACUAUGAUACUAUGACUCGGGUCCAGGCAAAAGGCAUGGGGAUAUUGCUAGAAUGGAAGACAGUUACUGAAGGAGAGCUAUAUGAAGCACUGGUGAAAGUUAUCAAUAAUCCCAGCUACCGUCAGAGGGCCCAGAAGCUUUCAGAAAUCCACAAGGAUCAACCUGGUCACCCUGUCAAUCGGACUGUCUAUUGGAUAGAUUACAUUCUUCGUCACAACGGAGCCCAUCACCUACGUGCCGCUGUCCAUCAAAUCUCUUUCUGUCAGUAUUUUUUACUGGAUAUUGCCUUUGUGCUUUUGCUUGGUGCUGCCUUGUUCUACUUCUUCUUGUCCUGGGUGACAAAAUUUAUCUACAGAAAAAUCAAAAGUUUGUGGUCUAGAAAUAAGCAUAGCACAGUUAAUGGACAUUACCAUAAUGGAAUCCUCAAUGGAAAGUACAAAAGAAAUGGCCAUAUUAAACAUGAAAAGAAGGUGAAAUGAGCCAACAGCCCACAGGAUAGUAACAAAUCUGUUCAGUCAUUGAAUUUUUAUCACUAUAAUUUAGUCUAACAACUACUAAAAGUAAAAUGUUGGUAAACAAUUCUAACACUCCCUUAUCUGAUCUUACUAACAAAAUUCUAUGGAAUUAAGAUGGCUGUAAAAAGCACAAACCUAAAAUGCAAAAAUGUAUUUUAUUCGAAUACUGAUACAGAGAGUUUUGGCACUGAACCUUUUAGAAGCCUUAAUUAUUUAAAUCAAUUAAGUGACCAUGUCAGACCUUAGUUUUGAAUCUUGAUAUGUGUGUUUCCCAGAUAAGGAAUGGUUUUUUUUCUCUUAAAAAGAUUUGUUUGUUUGAGUGUAUGUGUGUAUGUAUG